GGCAGCUAUAACUCUCGCCAAUGCUUUUAAAGUCUACUGUAGUGUGUCCAGUUUUAAAGCACUCCCAGCUUCAUCUGUGUCAGCAGCAUAUAGCGCACUUCUUUCAUGUUAUACUCACCCGUUAGUCCACGAUGAGUCGAGGAGUCACCAAAGUGUUAAAUGUCUGAAACUCAAAGUCGCCGAAAUUCUCAUGUGCAAACAAGGCAGGAGAACGAGAUCCGAUGUGCCAAGGAGACCUCAUAAUCCGGAGUUAGACCCGUGCAUUUGUGUUUUUCCCGCUUAAAGCAUUUCAACCCAGUCUUCAAGCUGGCUCACUGUAUCCCGACCCAGCCCGCUUUGACAGCUGUCCCGCUCUGGAGGACCGUCGGCAGCAACAGUAGCAGUAACAAGAGGAUGGCAUCAGAGCUGGCACUGAGCAGCUCCGACCUGCCCACCAGUCCCCUGGCCAUGGAAUAUGUUAAUGACUUCGAUCUGAUGAAGUUUGAGGUGAAGAAAGAGCCACUGGAGCCCGAUCGCAAUAUCAGCCAGUGCAGUCGCUUGAUCGCCGGGGGUUCCCUGUCUUCCACCCCGAUGAGCACGCCCUGCAGUUCGGUUCCCCCCUCGCCGAGCUUCUCGGCGCCCAGCCCGGGCUCCGGGAGCAGCGAGCAGAAGGCGCACCUGGAGGACUUUUACUGGAUGACGGGCUACCAGCAGCAGCAUCAGCUCAACCCGGAGGCGCUGGGAUUCUGCCCCGAGGACGCGGUGGAGGCGCUCAUCAACAGCACGCACCAGCUGCAGAGCUUCGACGGCUAUGCGCGAGGGCAGCAGUUCGGCGGAGCGGCCGGCGCGGGAGGUGCGAUGGCCGGGGAGGAGAUGGGCUCCGCCGCCGCGGUGGUGUCCGCAGUCAUCGCAGCCGCCGCGGCGCAGAACGGGGCGCCUCACCACCACCAUCACAACCACCACAGCCACCAGCAGCACCCGUCUCCAGGGGUCCAGUCCAGCGGCGGCAACCCCGGCAGCAGCCACCACCAGCACCCGCACCUUGACGACCGCUUCUCGGACGAGCAGCUGGUCACCAUGUCCGUGCGCGAGCUCAACCGCCAGCUGCGCGGCAUCGGCAAAGAGGAGGUGAUCCGCCUCAAACAGAAGAGGAGAACCCUCAAAAACAGAGGCUAUGCCCAGUCGUGUCGCUACAAGAGGGUCCAGCAGAGGCACGUCCUGGAGGGCGAGAAGAGCCAGCUCAUGCAGCAGGUGGACCACCUCAAGCUGGAGAUCUCCAGACUUGUGCGCGAGAGAGACGCGUACAAAGAGAAGUACGAGAAGCUCAUGAGCAGCGGCUUCCGAGAAAACUCGUCGAGCAGCGACAACAACCCGUCGUCCCCGGAGUUUUUCAUGUCUUCCAGAAAGUUUCUUCAUCUGUGACUGUGAGCUGUGAGCUCCCUCAGCCUGGCCUUGAGGAGUGAGGGGCAGGCUUAUCUGAAACCACAAUAACAGAGCAUGAAAAAAUUCCAAUUAAGCAACCAACCAACGGAACAUCCAUCCGUCCGUCCAUCCAUCCAACCAACAAUCCAUCUAUCCAACCAACAAAACAUCAUCCAUCCAUCUAUUUUUCCAACCAAAUGUCAGGCCAUCCAUCCAUCCAUCCAUCCAUACAACCAACCAACCAAUCAACCCAACCAACCAAACAUCCAUCCAUCCAUCCAUCCAUCCAACCUACCAGCCAAACAUCCAUCCAUCCAUCCAGCCAAACAUCCAGCUGUCUAUUCAUCCAACCAACCAACCAAACGUCCGGCCAUCCAUCCAUCAAACCAACCAACUGACAAAACAUCCAUCCAGUGAUGAAACACCCAACCGUCCGUCCGUCCAUCCAUCCAUCCAUCCAUCCAAACUACCAACCAACCAACCAACCAACCAUAGAUUGUAAUCAGAAUACAGACUUUGGUAAAGAAGUAACAUGGAAACAAAGUUAAAUAUAAAAUUCUUCUCAUUGAUAUUUAGUUUACUUGCUACUUAGCAUCUUAAACAAAACUCUGAUCAUCCUAAUGCCACUAACCUAGGAAACUUUGACAAACCCACUUAUUAUUGUUUCCUCUCAGAAUCAUUCAAUAAUUUUAGCAGCCAUGUAAGUAAAAAAAAUUCUUUUUUUCCAGGCAGUCUGUUAGAAAGCAUGUACACCCUCACUCUCUGAAGCUGCAUAUUUAUUCAGGCCAUCUGAUAGAAGAUUGUGAUUACCAACAUAUCAAACCCUAACCAUCUCUGAAAUGUAUCUGGAGCCUAUGAGACACGGAAUAAUCCUGUCUCCCCAAUAAUGUCAUUUUUCUUAACAUUGCAUUAUGAAAUACCUCAAACUCAAGUGUUGUUAGAUGAUUUUGAAAAUCGCAAUGCCAAAUCCAUACAGUCCUUGGUGGCCACGUCCCAAUGAUAAAGAAAUAUGUAGUCCCCUAUGGCCAAAAUUUCUCAAUGGCAAGCCAUUUGAAACAGCAGGCGAUGCCACGAAUAGGACCUGUACACUUAAACUAACAGCCAACCAUCUAGUUUGUUUUUGAAAGCAUCGCUAACACUGGACAUUUCUGUAAGGAGAGGAGAUGCUGGCAUGAAAAGAUAAAGGCCAGCUAUAAUAUCAAACACCCUGAGGAUAGAUGCAUUUGAAUUCAGAAUUAUCUGACACUUUUCAUCCAAAACAUCUUAUAAUUGCAGGUGCAUAGUGUCCCUGGAGUGAACUAGUUAUUAGUGACAUGUUU